AUGGAAUCGACCGAUAUCAUCGCUUCCAUUAUCGCCUCGGUAGAGACAAUCUCACUCUCAUAUGGAAGGUUUAACCGGAUCGAAGGAUUCCCCAGAGCCUUUACCGAAGUGGCACAUGCUCUCCUGCUGGUUGAAGAGAUCUUGCCUCUCCUUCAGCAGGGUAUCAAGAGCCAAUCUUCCCACUGGCACAACGACGAUUUCAUCGUCAAAUCUCUCAAUGAUGGACUUUCUGAGUGCCUCGAGCUCGCGAGUUCCAUGUGUAGCAUCAUACGCGAUAUCACAGCUGUCCAGGACUCGGGUAUUAACAAGUGGUCUGGUAUCAUCCAUUCCUACCGCCAGAAAGUUGCGUCAAUCGGCAAGGGUCACAACAUUGAGACUCUAAUGCUGAACCUUUUGGUUGGAUUGAGGAAGGUUUUUCUCAACGACAGCAUCACGAAAGAUUUUGCGUUGCCCGAGCAAGACGCAAAGCUGGAGAAUGCCUACAAAUCACUUACUGCCUUCUACCACAAGAUCAGGCUUUCCCAGGGUCUCUGCCGCAAGUACAAGCUCGGUGUUUUCCAGGCCCUCUGUCGCGAGUUCCGUUUUUUCCAGGGGUUCCGCCGCAAGUACAAGUUCGUCCUUUUCCAGGGCCUCUGCCACAAGUUCAAGCUUUUACAAGCGCCUUACAACAAGGCUAGAGCGUAA